AUGAACCGCUUGUUGGAUAAUGACAAUGCCUUAGCAUCGUUUUUCUUGGUUUCUUUCAAUCUCUUUUCUUCUUCUUCAUCAAGUUCAAGUAUAUCAGCGAACCCGUACUCGACCAAGUCCCAUAGCUCUUGUGAUUUGAGCAACGUCUUCACAUUGAUGCUCCACCACUCAUAUUUCUCACCAUUGAUAAUGGGCAACGAACAAAAAAAGGAGAAAUUGAGGGUAUGCAUAGUUGUGAUAGCUUGUGUGGUGGUAUCGGCCGCAGCCCAAAGUGCUUCCAACGUGACAGCUACUUAUCAUUAUUAUAAUCCACAGAAAAUAAGCUGGGACUUGAAUGCUGCAAGUGCUUAUUGCGCCACAUGGGAUGCCAAUAGGCCCUUGGCAUGGCGUCGCAGAUAUGGUUGGACUGCCUUUUGUGGUGCAGUCGGUCCUCAAGAUCAAGCUGCUUGCAGCAGGUGCUUAAGGGUUACCAACAGUGGCUCGGGAACUCAGGCAACCAUGAGAAUCGUGGAUAAAUGCAGCAAUGGAGGCCUAGAUUUGGAUGUCAAUGUGUUUAAUAAACUUGACAAAAAUAGGAAUGGCAAUGCUCGAGGUCACCUCACUGUCAGAUAUGACUUUGUAAAAUGUAGUCACUAA